CCGCCCAGAGCCGGCGAGAGGACGCUGGAGGGCGCGCCAGUCGCCGCGGCGUGGCCUGGUGGGGGCGAGCCGGCCAUGGAGGACGAGCAGAGCUUCUCAGACAUCUGCGGGGGCCGCCUGGCCCUGCAGCGGCGCUACUACUCCCCGUCCUGCCGGGAGUUCUGUCUCAGCUGCCCUCGGAUCUCGUUGCGCUCGCUCACCGCAGUCACCUGCACCGUGUGGCUGGCGGCCUACGGACUCUUCACGCUUUGCGAGAACAGCAUGAUCCUCUCUGCUGCCAUCUUCAUCACCCUCGUAGGCCUGCUCGGGUACCUCCAUUUUGUGAAGAUUGAUCAGGAGACUCUGUUAAUCAUUGAUUCCCUUGGCAUCCAGAUGACCUCAUCCUAUGCCUCAGGCAAAGAAAGCACCACCUUCAUUGAGAUGGACAAGGUGAAGGAUGUGGUCAUUAAUGAGGCUAUUUACAUGCAGAAAGUGAUUUACUACCUCUGCAUCUUAUUGAAGGAUCCGGUGGACCCACAGGGGAUAUCCCAAGUAGUACCUCUCUUCCAGAGUGCCAAGCCCCGGCUGGACUGCUUGAUUGAAGUAUACAGGAGCUGCCAGGAGAUCUUGGCACACCAGAAAUCCACGUCAGCCAGCCCGUGAGUCCCAGCAUUAGUGAUCAGUAUUAUCUCCCAGGGGAGGUGACUCCUCAGCCACAGCGACUGGUUUAUUUUCCGGAUUCUAAACCAUCCAACCAAGUGGAUGCAGGCCCAGAAACCAGUCUGGAUGCGGCGGAUCCCAGAGCCGUAGAGCAGGUGACUGGAAACCUAACUUACCGUGCGAUGCGGCGGAAAAUAUUUAUGUAUAUUUUCGGGUUUCCCCUGUCAGGUUUUGUGUACUUUACCAACUGAGGGGAGACCUCGAAACCAUACGUCAGAAGUAACACUGACAAAGAGCACUUUGUGAAAUUCCUGAGCACAUUCAAGUUUACUUUUUGUUGCAAUUUGUGGAGCAAGAUAAUGGGAAGUCGAUUAUCAGAUCUCUUGAGAAAGGUAAUUUCCAAUUGCACUACCCCUGUAUAAAAGUUAAGAGAGGGAGGGAAAAAAAAGCCCUUCAGGUACUGGUUGGUAGGAGGAAAAUGUCCUACAAAAGAUGAGCCUCUGUCCAUCUAGCGCCCAUACAGGGUUAGCUUAUGAUGAUUCUCUUAAUAAGCAGAUCUCUUUCCAAAACAUACAAGGAAUUGCUUGGUUCAGGCAGCUGCUUUUUAUUGACAGACUUGAUCAUGGCAUUUCAGUCACGGGGGUUAAGCACAUUAAUACUCUCGUUACUCAGCAUUGUCUAUGGUUUCAAAAACUUUUUGCCAAGAGGGAUGAGACAAAAAGCCAGACAGAAAUUUGACUCUGGUUUCCAGACAUGUUAAAGGCCAGACGUGUACUACAGAAGCCUCUGUUUACAUGGCAGUUUCUUCUGUGUAAAAUUAACGAAUUAGGGCAGGAUUCCUGAAGGGCUGGGAAGAAGAUGGGGCGGGGGGAAUAGCUGGAUCCCCAAAUUCAAUAUGAACACAGCUCCAGUCUUGCUUACUUUUUCUUUGGGAUUUUUUUUUUUUUUUAAUUCCUGGGUAGAUGAUAAUAUUCUUAUUUGCUUUAGAGCCACUCAAGAUCUUACAAAACCAGAGCUGUAAUUUCUGCCUUUUAUACCAGCCCUGGAAGGGUUAUUCAGGAGCCUGCAGGGACAUGGGACAUGUCACCUGUUGAGGUAGAAAUGUCUCAGCUAAAUCCCAAAUCCUGGGGGAAGGGCAGGAACAGAAAUGGGAGACAGCUAUAAAAUUGCCAGCCUGGCAAAGUCAAGUUUGUUUAAAAGAGGCCGACACUCGGAUGUGCUGCUUUUUUCGUCAUGCCUGUUGGUGUAGAGUGAGAAAGCAGAAGCUUACAGCCACUAAGGUGUUCCAGUAAACCAGUUCCAGCCUUGCAGUUCUUGCAGUGUGCAACACACACACACUUUGUUGGGGUUAAAGGCCUGGUUCUUGGAUGCUACUGCUAAAUCCAUAUCGUUUGUUCAGCCUUUAUUGACAAAUGGUAAGACUGCCUUAGAACUAUGAAAUAAAAUGCAGUUUCUCCAGUGUUGGAAAAUCAGA